AUGAACAAUAAGAAUAAUGUCACUGAAUUUAUUCUCUUGGGGCUUUCUCAGAAUAACCAGGUUCAGAUUCUGUGCUUUGUCAUUUUCUUAUUUUGUUACAUGGCUAUUUUGAUGGGAAAUUUGAUCAUCAUCAUCUCCACAACAUGCAGCCAGCUCAGUGAACAACCCAUGUACUUUUUACUGACUUACUUGUCCUUCAUGGAUAUUUGCUACACCUCCAUGGUGACCCCUAAACUCAUCAGUGAUAUGCUGGCUGAAAGGAAGAGUAUUUCCUAUCCUAAUUGUCUGAUACAGCUUUUCACUGUGCACUUCUUUGGAGGGGUGGAGGUCUUCAUACUCACAGGGAUGGCCUAUGACCGAUAUGUGGCCAUUUGCAAACCUCUCCACUACAUUGCUAUCAUGAGCAGGGACAGGUGCAAUGCAUUGUUCUUGGCUGCUUGUGGUGAGGGGUUUCUGAAUUCAUUUGCACAGUUGCUCCUUGCUGUUCUCUUACCUUUCUGUGGCCCCAGUGAGAUAAAUAACUAUUUCUGUGACAUGUAUCCAUUGCUGAAACUUCCCUGCACUGAUACCCACAGGUUUGGUCUUUUAGUAAUAGCCAAUUCAGGGAUGAUUGCACUGGUAGUUUUCAUGGUCCUUAUGGCUUCAUAUGGUGUAAUCUUAUAUAACCUGCAGGCACAGUCUUCUGAGAGCUGCAAAAAAGUUCUAUACACAUGUAGUUCCCAUAUCACUGUUGUAGUCUUAUUUUUUGGGUCCUUCAUUUCACUCUUCAUUUAUAUUAGACCAGCCACCACAUUCCAGGAGGAUAAAGCUUGGGCUCUGUUUUACACAAUCAUUGCUCCCAUGUUUAACCCCUUGAUAUACACUUUGAAGAAUUCAGAAAUGAAAAAUGCCAUGAAGAAAGUGUGGAACAAAAGCAUAUUCAAGAGAAGAAAACAAAUGUUCUAA